AUGUUUUCAUCUGCGCUCAAGUCUUUCAGUUCCAAUAUUUCCGCCAAUUACCAAAUCUCACCUAACCCCACCGUCUACUCCGGCCCCUGGAAAAUCCACGAUGCAAAGAAAAAGUCCACGGGAACGGCGGCAUCAGUGUUUAUCUUUGACCGCAAGUCACUAGAGACACGCUCUAGUGGAUUUGGGAGGAGUUCUGGGCCCUCCUCGAAGAAGCUACAGGACGAUGUGAUCGAGCGACUUAAGCGCGAAGCAAGCAAUCUUGCGCGUCUACGGCACCCAUCGAUUCUCCAGGUACUCGAGCCUGUGGAGGAAACGCGUAAUGGCGGUCUCAUGUUUGCCACGGAACAUCUCACCGCCUCACUUUCCGGGCUUCUACUGGAAAAAGACGACCAAGAGAAUACCACACGCGCUGGUUCGCGAAGCAGUCGGUACGUGGUAGAGGAGGCUGAUGGGACUCGGAGAAGACGAGAUGUGGAGAUUGAUGAGUUGGAAAUUCAAAAGGGACUCUUGCAAGUUGCUAAGGGUCUUGAAUUCCUCCACGAGUCUGCGGGCUUAGUGCAUGGAAAUCUGAACCCGGAGGCCAUCUAUAUCAAUGCCAAAUCAGAUUGGAAGAUCUCUGGUCUGGGAUUCGCGGGGCCUCCGGACUCUUCUGAAACUCGUUCAUCGCUGCCGCCAUUAGCUGUGUCUGAGGUUCUCUAUCAAGAACCAAGGCUUCCAGCUUCAGUACAAUUGAGCCUUGACUACACGUCGCCUGACUUUGCCAUGGACUCCAAUGUAUCGUCGGCUGCCGAUCUCUUCUCAUUGGGUCUUGUCAUCAUCGCUUUGUACAACUCUCCGCAUGUCUCACCUUUACAAACGAACGGAAACUUGUCCUCAUAUAAGAAAUUGCUGAGCUCUCCGUCUUCCACUCCAUCGCAGAGCAAUAAUUUCCUCAGUUCGAAGCCAAUUCCCAAGGACCUAGUUUCUCAUGUCCUGUCUAGGCUUAUAACCAGACGGCCUGCCCAACGCAUGAAUGCUCGAGAGUUCCAGCAAUCACAGUACUUUGACAAUGUGUUAGUUUCCACUAUCCGGUUCCUGGAAUCUUUGCCAGCAAAGAAUCCUAAUGAGAAGUCUCAAUUUCUGCGUGGCUUACAACGAGUACUACCUGAGUUCCCCGUUUCUGUCCUGGAGAAAAAGCUAUUGGGAGCGUUGAUGGACGAGUUGAAGGAUCGGGAACUGCUUCCGCUGAUAUUGCAAAACGUGUUCGGUAUUUUACAGCGGAUUCCCAACGGACGCCGUGUAUUCCCAGAGAAAAUUAUCCCUCGUCUGAAGGAAGUCUUUGGAACUGGCUCGGGCAAGGGGGCUGCUGAACGAGACUCCAAGAAAGAUGCCGGUCUCAUGGUUGUGCUUGAUAACAUGAAGCUUAUUGCUGAUAAUUGUUCGGGAAUGGAGUUCAAAGAUGAUAUUCUACCCCUAAUUCGGCUUGGGCUGGAUUCUCCCACUCACUCUUUGGUGGAUGCUUCCCUGAAAUGCCUCCCUGUGGUGCUACCAGUUCUCGACUUUAGCACGGUCAAGAACGAGGUAUUCCCUCCAAUUGCUACCACUUUCAGUCGCACUAGCAGCCUUGCUAUCAAGGUUCGCAGUCUGGAGGCUUUCAGUGUGCUUUGCGGGGCCUCUACAGAAGUUUCAGAUGGACUUGACGAUGAUUUGUCCGGAAUCCAGGCGACCAAGUCGAAACCGGCCAAGUCCUCGAUUUUGGACAAGUAUACCAUCCAAGAAAAGCUCGUCCCGUCUCUCAAGGCGAUCAAAACGAAAGAGCCCUCAGUGAUGAUGGCAUCGUUGAAGGUCUUCCGUCAAGUUGGAACAGUUGCAGACACCGAAUUCCUGGCUUUGGAAGUUCUACCGGUUCUCUGGAGUUUCAGUCUCGGGCCACUUUUGAGCCUUAAACAGUUCAAUGCCUUUAUGGCUCUGAUAAAAACUCUUUCAGCGAGGAUCGAACAAGAACAAACUAAAAAGCUGCAAGAGCUAUCCUCUAGCGCUGGAUCAACGGGUUUCCAGAAUGGUGGCGACGAAUUCUCGCAGUCUGCCACAGGCCUUAGUUCGCCCGAUGCGGACGGCGGUGCUGGCAGCUUUGAGCGCCUCGUUCUUGGAAAGAAGUCAUCUCCUGCGAAUGGCCAGAGUAUAGAUAUGUGGGGUAGUAUGGAGCUAGCCAAGCCAGCAGUUCCGAGCGUGUCGCCUUCAUUCUCGUGGUCUUCAAAUAAUGCAGGCAUGACACAGCAAGCCAAUGCCCUAAGCCAACAGUCUAAUCUUGGAUUCCGCUCCAUUACUCCAGAUCAGAAAUUGGGCUCUUUCCCGUCUCUUGCUCCUGCUCCUGCUCGGCAAGCUUCACCAGUAACUCAAGUCUUCCCUACUAUGCAGCCCUCAUCUUCUACAUGGGGAGCCCCGGCCAAUACCAAUGUUCGAUCCAACACAGGCCCACCGGUUCAGUCUUUCGGGUCCAUGUCGACCAUGACACCCUCGAAUCACAUGUCCGGGUCAACAGCACAAGCGGCACCAAACUACUCUUCAUUCUCAAUCCCCCCACCUCCUGCAGGAAACAUGUUAUCCAACAGUACUAUGAGACCCCCUCCGAUGAACACAGCCAACAGAUCAACGUCUUUCCAAGGCACAGCCGCGACACCGCAACAGGGGACUCAAAAGCAAGGUUUGGACAAGUAUGAGAGUCUGAUCUAA